GACCAAAUGCAACUUGAGUCACUUGACAUACAAAUAUGUACCUAUAUUCGCGUGCGCAAAGACACACAUAUUGUGUGCAUGUGUGAAUACAUGUUUCUAUCUUCCGUUGCACCCAAAAGAAGAAGAAGAAAGAAUAUAUGUUUCAGGCUUUCAGCACAAUAUGUUACAUGCGAAUAAGAUAAUUCUGGAUAGUAAAGUUUUGAUUUCGUUGCUUAAUUUUCUUUGACUGCAUUACACAGGAGUGUUCUUUGCAGCAAGGCUUCUGUGUGUACCAUGUGUGUUUGGAUUUUUAAUCUAUAAGUUCAGCAGAAGAAAUUUAUCCACCUUUGAUAGCAUAGAAGGUUUCUUACAGAGUCAGAAUCACCUUGCGUAGGUACUCUUACACUGAUAUCGAUCAGAAAGAUGACCAAUGGUUUUAGGGACAAGUUGGGGGAAGGAGGAUAUGGCUCUGUAUACAAAGGAAAGGUUCAAAGUGGCCCUCUAGUAGUAGUUAAAAUGUUAAGCAAGCCUAAAGCUAAUAAGCAAGAAUUCAUUAACGAAGUUGGUACCAUCGGAAGGAUUCAUCAUGUCAAUGUUGUUCAGCUAAUUAGAAAUUGUGCCGAGAGAUCUAAGCGUGCUCUUGUGUAUGACUUCAUGCCUAAUGGGUCCCUUGAGAAGUACAUCUUUUCUCAAGAAGGAAAAUUGUUUCUACGUUGUAAGCAAAUGUUUAACAUUUCUCUUGGAGUGGCUCGUGGCCUUGGAUAUUUGCAUCAGGGUUGUGAUAUGCAGAUCCUGCAUUUUGAUAUAAAGCUUCAUAACAUUCUUCUUGAUGACACUUUCACUCCAAAAGUUUCCGAUUUUGGGCUUGCAAAAUUGUAUCCAACAGUUGAUAGCAUUGUGACAGUGACUACAGCAAGAGGCACCUUGGGCUACAUGGCUCCGGAGUUGUUCUACAAAAGCAUCGGGGGUGUUUCCUAUAAAUUUGACGUUUAUAGUUUUGGAAUGUUGUUGAUGGAAAUGGCAGGCAAGAGAAGAAAUUGAAACACAUCAGCUGAUUCAAGCCAAAAUUUCUUCUUUUCAUGAGUUUAUGAUCAAUUUGCCUAAGGAACCUAGAAAUGGGAGAGACCACAUAGGAGAGUGACAUGGUAAAGAAGAUGAUGUUAGUAUCUUUGUGGUGUAUACAAACGAACCCUAGUGAUCGUCCCAACAUGAACAAAGUCAUUUAGAUGCUUGAAGGAAAUAUCGAAUUGCUUCACAUGCCUCCAAAGCCUUUUUUGUAUCCACUAGCUAUGCCGGUUGACAAAAAUGGAAUGAACAUAUGUUUGUCCAAUUUGUCGAGUGCUUGUUUGGAUUCUAUCACUCAUAUCACAAGUGGACACUAAAUUCUCAAGACCAAACAUCCUAGAUUUAAGGCUGCUGAUUCCAUCCGAUUUGGAUUUGAUGGUUUUGGAAGACGUGACUAUCAGUUUCAUGUAAGGUGUUUUGUAGGCGUAAGCUUAGCAAGACUUGUACUUUGGUUUUGAAUCAAACAAUGCGAAUAUUGACAUUUUCUAUGUUAAGCUCUUCAAGAUUUGUAUCGUUGUUUUAUUGUAUUGGGCUCAAAAUUUGUCUCUUAUUAGACUAAUUAGUUUGAUGUUAAUUUGCAUCAUUUGGUUUGAAUAGAAACCUGAGAAA